AUGGCUUCAAGCGACUACAACCAGAUGGACUACCAAGAAUAUCUAGGAAAAUUUUCAUCGUAUAGUGAUCUCAUUCGCCGUACUGCAUACUGGUUGCGAUUGAUGAAUCUUCUACGAGUACCAGCAAGGGAUCGAAAUUGCGCAGAAUUUUUUACCACGGACGAAUUGAGACAGGCGGAGAACACACUGAUCCGUCGAGUGCAGAAAGAGGUCUUUGCAGAUGAGUGGAAGGCUCUAUCCAAGGGUACUGCAGUUUCACGGGGAUCCCCGAUACGUUGGUACAAUCCAUUUAUUUCGAAUGAUGAGCUAAUCAGACUUGGCGGACGAUUGCGGCACUCUCUCGAAUCGGAGAACACCAAACAUCCAAUCGCUUUACCAGCACAACACCAGUUUACUCGAUUGAUUUUACGAUAA